CCUGGCGCGCACCUUUGUGUCAGAGAGGGGUUUAGGAAUAACAUUUGAAUAAAACAUCGUGGCCCUUCAAUCGUCAGGAGUCUUUGAGGUAGAGUAUCGUUAUAGUUCAAAAGUUAGUGCGGCUUCAGCUGAUACGGGACGGAAGGGAGUCUUGGAGCAUACAAAAAAAAUAUUAUUUUUGUACAGGUAUUAAGAUGAGCGGCGAGUCAGCGGAACCCGCAGAUACCCGAAACGAUCAAGCAGGAGAUGAAAGAAAUGGGCUUGACUUCACAAGACAUCACAUCACGCUUCGCCUUUUCGACUCAGUCAGGUGUCACUCAUAAUGUUUUUCAGAUUAAGACGGAGGACAUCAGCGAUUCACCCCAAUCCGUGGUCAAUCGCAAAAACUGCCACCUGACCCCGGGCUCAUCAGCUUCAGGAGGGCAGUUGUCUGGGGACCUGCCCACGCUGCACCCCCUGCAGCAGCUGGUUCUGGUUCCAGGGUCUCACCUGCCCCCUACAUCCCAGUUCCUGCUCUCACAGACCCAGCCAGGGCACCAAGCUCUUCUGCAACCAAACCUGCUGUCCUUGCCAACACAGUCGCAGGCAGGCCUGCUGCAGCACCAGUCUGGAUUAGGGCUGAAUUCCCAGGCAGUUGGUCGGUCAGGCCUGUCGGGGUCCUCUCUAGACAGCCACCUAGAGAUUCCGUCACACCUGCAGGUCCCGAAACUCAUGGGGUCCUCGAGUCAGCAGGACGAGCCCAGCGACCUGGAGGAGCUGGAGCAGUUUGCCAAGGCUUUCAAACAGAGGCGGAUCAAGCUGGGCUUCACACAGGGCGAUGUAGGCUUGGCCAUGGGCAAGCUCUAUGGGAAUGAUUUCAGUCAGACCACUAUUUCCCGGUUCGAGGCUCUUAACCUGAGCUUUAAAAACAUGUGCAAGCUGAAACCGCUGCUGGAGAAGUGGCUGAGCGACGCAGAGAACUCUCCUUCGGAAACCAUGGGGAGUGCUUCCUCCAUGCCCCCCCUGAUCGAGGGCUUUGGGAGGAAGAGGAAGAAAAGAACGAGCAUCGAGACCAACAUCCGCAUGACCAUGGAGAAGCGCUUUCAGGACAACCCCAAGCCCAGCUCGGAGGAGAUCACGCUGAUCUCGGAGGAGCUGGCCAUGGAGAAGGAGGUGGUCCGGGUCUGGUUCUGUAACCGACGGCAGAAGGAGAAGAGGAUUUGCUGUCCCCUCUUAAACACCAUGAAGCCCCAGGUCUACAGCUCCAGACUGGUUUCCACAUCCGGAUCGUUCAGUCCUCUAUCAGUCUCCCAGGCUCACAGCACUAUGAGUGGAGUGUCGUCCAGCUCUUCACCGGGCAGUCCCAGCAGGGGGUCCCCUCCACUCAGCAUCUCAUCCAGUGGUGGGGCGCUGACCUCGCAGAGCAGCGUCCAGUCCCUCAACGGCGCCGGGUCUUGGUAUAGGAACUGGAACCACUCCUCCUAUCUCCACUGAAGAGUCCAGAGAAACACAGCUCACUGUUAGCAAAGCUUCAGAGCGUUUCAUGCAUAAAGCAGUUUGAUAGUCAUCAAUAUCCACAGGCUAUUUUAUUCAUAUUGAGGGGGAAAAAAAGAGCUUCUACAAGCCUUUCAAUUUCAAUACAUCUUACUACAGCACUCUCUAGUGGAAGAACAGAAGACACGAAGGAAGGCUGUGUAAAUGUACACACAGUAAGACUUCAUUUACAUUAGAAACCCACUACACAAAACAUUGAGGACUGCCAUUACAAGACUGGAAACGCCUCUGUGUGGUUGGAGAAGAUUUGGAUAUGAUAGUACUGUACGAUAACGUAGACUUUUUUUUAUAUAUAUAAAACUGUUACUGUUAUUUUUUGAAUACAGAAUUUAUAAUAAUGUUUACAA